AUGAGCAACUUUUUGAUUUUUUCCAUUUUUCUUACUGUAUUUCUGGUUACUGUAGUUGAUGGAACUAUUACUUUUGAUGAUGACGAUUCCAGUGGUGGAUGUGAUGAUGAUAAUGGCGAUGAUGGUGGAUUGAUUCUUGGUGGAGGUGGAGGAGGAUACGAUUCCUGUGAAGGUGGAGAUGAGCAACAAAUCAUUUUGAUCGGACAGGCCCUCGGAGGUGGUGGUGGAGGUGGUCAUAGAGGUCAUCACAGAGGACAUCGACAUGGUGGAGGACAUCGUCAUAGAGGCGGGCGUGGUGGAGAUUUUGUAAUUGGUGCCUCGCGAGGAUGA